AUGGCGCACCCAACAGGUGGAGCAGCAAUUCACACACGAGCUACAACUGCUACCAGUAUUCACAUUGAGGAAACAUCAAAGAGUGUGUCGUUGGCAUCCGGUCCAUACAAUCAACACAACUUCGCUGUUUUCAACGCCAGACGCGCAAAGGCCGAUAAUAAUGAGUCCAAACCAAAUUUUAUCAAGAUACUGCCCUGGGGAGGGCGGUCCAAUGACGAAGGGUGUAUGGACGGUUGCUGUGGCAAAAUGACUUGGUACGCCGUAGUCGCUUUCCCUUUAGCUGUGACUCUUUUUGGGUGGUGGACACGAGGAAGUUUAAUGCCUUAUCUCUUCAUGUUUGGCCUUUGCCUGCUCCUUACCUGGCACAUAGCAGCAAUGGUCAUCAUCAAGGUCAACCAAAGUCGCUUUGAGUCAAACGAUGCCUGGUACCUUAUAAAAUUAGAUACAAAUGACAGCAUCGACGGAAGUGUGAACGGCUUCUUUAAAAUCACAGCAAGACAAGCGAACCACAUUACAUUCUCAGGAGUUGCAGUGAACCAAGAACAAAUUAAUAUGUUGCAAUACCAACUUCUGCAUAAUCAUGAGGCAGAGAUCGACGUGAUGUUAUACAACUGGACGUACCAAACCAGACGCUUUAGCGUUCCGUUCCGGAGCAUUUUCCUUGUCAGCAUCCUCUACAUUGGAAGCCUGGUCCUUCACGGAAUGUACUUCAUUAACGCCCACAGUGAUCAAAAUGGGUAUUAAUUCAAACCGGUAGACAUACCGACUAAUGAACAUAAUUCUAUAUGCAAACCUUUUGCAUUUCUGUAAGGACCCUGGCGUAUCAUUAGAAAACUCUUAUUUGAUAUUCUUAGUUAAAACAAUUCAACACGCUAUUUUGAAAUUUGAAGAAUUAUUUACUAUCAUUCAUACUGUUUGAUAGAAGCAUUAAUUACAAAUUAAAUUAGAUUUAUUCGAAUUAUACCAUUUAGGGAAGUAGAUGAUACGAGUAAUAUUUUAUUGUGGAGAGAUUUUCGUGUUUGCGCCCUUGAAACAUUAGAUUUUGAACAAAAGUCCUAGAUAAGGAGACGGCAUUCACAAAUGUCAUAAAGUAUUGCAGUGCCGUCCAAUAUUGUUAAAACAUUUAAAAUGUUGUAAGAUAAAUGAUUAGGCUAUUGGGAGGUGAACCUGAUCAAA